UCCUGUUGUAGUGGGUGGCGUGAUGAGGGAGGCACCGCAGCUCCGAAGAUCAAGACGCUUUGUUGAUGUGUGAAGCAGAAGAGGCGACUCGCUGAGGAAGGGCGGCCGCCUGUAUUAAUCCCUCACCAUGUCCAUAGAAAUAGAAUCAGCGGAUGUGAUCCGCUUGAUCCAGCAGUACCUGAAGGAAAACAAUCUGGGCCGCACGCUGCGAGCCCUGCAGGAGGAGACGUCCAUCACCCUCAACACAGUGGACUCAGUGGAAAGCUUCAUGGCGGACAUUAACCAGGGCCACUGGGACACUGUGUUGAAGGCCAUCCAGACCCUCAAGCUGCCCGACAAGAAACUCAUUGACUUAUACGAGCAGGUUGUCCUUGAGCUGAUUGAGCUGCGUGAGCUUGGAGCAGCAAAGUCUGUACUACGUAACACUGACCCACUCAUCAUGUUGAAGCAGACCAUGCCGGAGAGAUAUGUACAUCUGGAGAACCUCAUCGCCCGCUCAUACUUUGAUCCACGAGAGGCGUACCCCGAGGGCGUGACUAAGGAGCGGCGUCGAGCUGCCAUCGCUGCGGCCCUGGCUGGAGAGGUGUCCGUGGUGCCUCCUUCCCGUCUCCUGGCUCUCCUUGGUCAGGCCCUCAAGUGGCAGCAGCACCAGGGUCUCCUUCCACCUGGCACGCAGAUUGAUUUGUUCCGAGGUAAGGCAGCCAUGAGGGAGCAGGAGGAUGAAAAGGUGCCAACUCAGCAGGCACGCUUCAUCCGCUUCCCACAGAAGGCACACGUGGAGAGUGCCCACUUCAGCCCCGAUGGACAGUACCUGGUGACGGGCAGCUUCGACGGCAUCAUUGAAGUGUGGAAUUUCACAACUGGCAAGAUCCGUAAGGACUUGAAGUACCAGGAGAAGGAUUCAUACAUGAUGAUGGAGACAGCCGUGCUGAGUCUGGCAUUCAGCCGAGACUCUGAGAUGCUGGCCAGCGGCUCCCAGGGUGGCCAAGUCAAGGUGUGGCGGGUCAACACAGGUCAGUGCCUGCGCAAGGUGGAAAGGGCACAUUCUGAAGGAGUCACAUCACUGGCAUUCAAUAAGGACAACAGUCAAGUCAUGUCCACCUCCUUUGACAACACUUUGAGAGUGCAUGGCUUGAAGUCCGGCAAGACACUGAAGGAGUUUAGGGGUCACUCGUCCUUUGUGAACCAGGCCACCUUCACCCAGGACGGCCACAACAUCAUCAGCGCCUCAUCAGACGGCACUGUGAAGGUGUGGUCGGUGAAGACAACAGAGUGCAUUGCCACCUUCAAGUCCCUGGCUGGGGUGACCUCCAUGGACCUGCCAGUAUACUCAGUGCACAUCCUACCCAAGAACCCUGACCAUAUCGUUGUGUGUAACAGGUCCAACACUGUGACCAUCAUGAACAUGCAGGGCCAGACGGUGCGUUCUCUAUCUUCUGGUAAGCGUGAAGGUGGUGACUUUGUGGCAUGUGUGGUGUCUCCGAGGGGCGAGUGGAUCUUUUGUGUGGGCGAGGAUCAUGUGCUCUACUGCUUCUCCACCUCUACUGGCAAACUGGAGAGGACCUUGAAUGUUCAUGAGCAGUCGGUGAUUGGGAUGUGCCACCACCCCCACCAGAACUUGCUGGCAACAUACAGUGAGGAAGGUCUCUUGAAGCUGUGGAAACCGUAGACUUAAGGAAUGAGUAGGUGAGGUGGUAGCUUGGCUGUAUAUUGACAAUUGCAGGAGUGUUGUUUCAUUCUGUUGCUGUGGUGAAUGGUGACGAGUGGAUGAAGUGAGGGUGAAGAUGGUGGUGCAGUUGAUAUAAUGGUGUAAGAGGUGUAUGCGUUUCAAAUUGAGGUGUUUGAUAAUUAAGUGUCUUUUUUUAUAUGUUUUGAAUUUGUAAGAUUUAGAAUAAGAAAAUUACAAGGAAAAUCUUGGCUAAUGGAAGUUAGAUCAUUCAUUCACCCAUAAAGGUUUUGAAUUUGUAAGAUUAUAUAGGAAAGUAAGAACAUUGAGCAAAAUGCCAACUAUGAUGGUUAGUUCGUCCAUUCAGCCAGCCUCAGGACAGUACAAAUGAUUCCCUACAUGUAACAUUCACCCCGAGAUGCAGCAUUGUAAUAAGGAACAAGUUUGGAUAUUUUGCUAUGGAGCUGCUUUGACUGAGGACACUUUAGUGUUUUGCAGUCCACCUGUUGUGUACUGAACUGAUGACAUUUUGUGUAAUUUCUCACGUGUACGUCAUUCUUGGCAGCGUAGAAGUGAGGAUUGUAUACAGAACUGUCAGAUUUAGACCACAAAUAGUAUAAGUGAAUAAAGUGUGUUGCACUUACA